AUGGAAGAGGUAGACUUCUCAACACUCAUUGGCGAUCUUUCCUUGGAGGAAAAGAUCAGCCUGCUCUCUGGCCGAGAUUUUGUUUCCACUUCGGGAGUGCCCCGCGUUGGCAUCCCACCCUUGAAGACUGUUGACUCCGUCAAUGGAAUCAGGCCAACUGACUUUCACGGUCAACUCUCCACAGCCUGCUUCCCCAACACAACCUGCCUGGCGUCCACAUGGAACGCCGAGCUAUUGGAGCGCCUGGGACAGCAAAUAGCCCAACAGGCCAAGUUCAAGCAUGCUCAAGUUGUGCUGGGGCCGACCAUCAACAUCCACCGAGAUCCUCGUGGCGGUCGCAACUUUGAGUGCCUCAGUGAAGAUCCCCUGCUGUCUGGCCAUCUUGGUGCUGCCAUUGUCAAUGGCAUUCAGAGCCAGGGCGUCGGAGCAUGCCCCAAGCAUUUCGUCUGCAACGACUCGGAGACGUUUCGGCAUUAUUACAACGUCGGCGCAUCUCCAGACGGUCGACCGCUGCGGGAGAUUUACUUGGCUGCGUGGCAACAGCUCAUCAAGAAGUCCAACCCCGUCGGUGUUAUGGCUGCUUACAACAAGGUAAACGGCACCUACUGCUCAGAGAAUAGCGACCUUAUUGAGAAGAUCCUCCGAAGGGAGUGGGGUUUUGAUGGCGCCGUCAUGUCGGACUGGUUCGGAACUCGCUCAACUGUCCAGUCGAUUGAAGCUGGACUGGAUCUGGAGAUGCCGUUUCCCUUUUUCCGGGCCGGAAAGCUUGCGAAGGCUGUCCAAAGCGGUGAGGUCAGCGAGAAGACCAUUGACGCUCGUGUGGAAAAGGUGCUCCAGAUGCGCAAUAGGACACGCCCUUCGCAUGGAGAGGGCCCAGAGACAUCAAAGAUUACUGAGGAGAGCAACGCGAUUGCGCGAGACCUCGCAUCAGAAGGCAUUGUCCUGCUCAAAAACUCCAACAACACCCUACCUUUCAGCAUCUCCGAUUCUCCAACGAUCGCAGUUAUUGGAGAGUACGGACAGCGUCCCAUCUUGACAGGUGGUGGCAGCGCAUCUUGCGAGCCCCAGUACCGCCAAGUUCCCCAUGAACUGUUGCGAAAGGCCCACCCGAAUCCUGAUAAUGUGCAGUAUGCCUCUGGCGUACGCACCCGUGUCAUUGUCCCAGUGGCUGAGUCCGGAAUUCUCACAGCCAAGAACGGUAAGAAGGGCGUCGAUGUGUCGUAUUUCAACGACGACUCAACCGAGCCUCUGAUCACCGAGGUUUUGGACGAAGCCACCAUUUUUAUGCUCGGGAAAUACAAGCCAGGUCUGAAGAUUCCAGAAUCUCAUCUGGAGAUGUCAACGACGCUCAUCCCGAAAACUACUGGAACACAUCUCCUUGCCGUUCGACAUUCAGGUGCCUUUUCCCUAAAGGUCGGCGACGUCGAAGUGCUCUCUGGCCCAACACCUGAUAUUACUACAGAGCAGUUCUUGUUCCGCCCUAUUAAAUAUGAGACACGAAUUGAGAUGCCGAUGGAAGCAGGAAAGGCAUACCAAAUGCAUCUUACAAUGAAGUCGCGCGAGCUUAUGAUCGGCGAACCCACCCCUUACGGCGCAACGCUGUGUUUUGAGGAACAAUACUCGGAAGAGGGUGCGAUUGCUGAAGCGGUGGAGAUCGCGUCUAAGGCCGACAUUAGUCUCAUUUACGUCGGCCGCAACCAGCAACACGAAUCGGAAGGCUUCGACAUGGACGGCAUCAUGCUACCAGACAACCAGACGGCGUUGAUCAAGGCGGUCACUGCGGCUUCGAAGAAGACUGUUGUUCUCCUGCAUUGCGGAAACCCUGUCGAUGUCAGCAGUUUCGAAGACAGCGUCGAUGCCAUCGUCAACAUGCACUUCCCCGGACAGGAGGGGCCAGGAGCAGUAGUCGACAUCCUGACGGGCAAGAUCAAUCCCAGCGGACGUUUGCCGACGACCUGGUUCAAGACGCUGGAGGAUUGGCCCAGCUAUGGUAACUUCCCGUCUCAGAAGAAGGAGAACGGAGACAUUGAGAUUAGAUACGCCGAGGGUCUCGCUGUUGGAUACCGAGCACCAGAUCGACAAAGCCAGAUUCGAUGGCCAUUCGGAUACGGUCUAUCCUAUACCUCGUUCGGUUACGAAGAUUUGCAGGUCACGGUCAACAAGUCUUCAUCACCAGCGAAACUUACCGCCACCGUCCGCGUGACGAAUACGGGACAAGUCUCGGGCAAAGAGGUCGUUCAGGCGUAUGUCUGCCCUGCAAAGACCACUCAGGUCUGGCGGCCACAGCGAGAAUUGAAGGGCUUCGCCAAGACUUUGCUGGAGCCUGGCGAGUCGCGGGUAGUUACUAUAGAAAUGGACCUGGAUACUGCCUGCAGCUACUGGGAUGAGGUUGAGAAGGUGUGGAAACUGGAAUCUGGCGAGUACAAAUUAGAGGCCGGUACUUGCAGUGCAGCCUUUGUUGUGUAG